AGGAGAAAAAGUAGGACAACCGUCUGGUAAGGUAGUGGAGUAGCCUCUUGAAUGCAGCGGGGUGAGCAUGCGUAGAAAGAUUACAACCCGACAUGAAUCACAUCGCUGUCCAACAUUUGGAGCGAACAACGCGAAGACGCAACGUUAUCAUCAGGUUUUGACUCGGCAUUCCACUGGCAUCUGUUGGAAAAUUUGCCUAUCGCUUGUCCACAGGCCCCAACUGAAGAAAAUGGACGGAGACAGGAAGGGAGUACCUGGACAAUAAGAAACACUCCUUUCAAGAAGGAAAGUAAAAGGAGUACCUGGACAAGGAGUACCUUGACAAUAGGAAACACUCCUUUUCAUUUUCUGUUGCAAAGCUUUUUUCAAAUGUUUCCUGUUGUGUGCCCUAAUGAACAUGACCCAGGUGAUUGCCAUUAUGUACAUUAAGAAAGCAAUCUAGCACAGAGUCCCCACAGGGUAGGCUACGCAUUCUGCAUAUUUGUGGAAAUGAAUUGGACUUUAUUACUGCAAUCCCUGGGGUGGAAAUUAAGAGCACACAACAACAAAAAAACAUCACAACCACACAUAAACAGUAUUGGUCCCCUCCACUCUCAUUGAUGUGUGUGUGUAUGCCAUCAUUGAAAUGUCCAUCUCAAUUUGUUAUUGUUUUUAUUGACAGCUAAGUCAGAAGGUAGAGAGUAGGGGCUGAGGUGGGGUCCGGAGUCGGCAGUACAACUAGACCAGACUUCGGCACGGGUGAGUUUAUGUAUGAAAAGGCCUCGGAGUCCAACCCAGUUGCUGCAGAAAGGCAGUGGCGGCGGCCAUGGUGGAGGCGUGUGCUUGCCCUUCAACCUGUGUGGCGAGCUGCUACAGGAGCCCGAAGAAGGACACCCAGAUGGCCCUCAGCAGAAGAAAAGGCUGCUCUACUCCCUCUGCGAGGUGUGCAACCUCCAGCUCAACUCAGCCGCCCAGGCCCAGGUCCACUACAACGGCCGUUCCCACCUGCGCAGGGUCAAGCAGCUCAACAAUGGAGAGCUCCCCCCAAGCACAGGCAGCGGCACCAGUCCAGCACCGGCCGGCACUCUCACCUGCUCCAGCACAGGAAGUGCCUUCCAUAGCAACUGUCUCCCGGCGUUGGUGCGGACGCCUCCUGUUAUGAUGCAGUCCACUCUGGAUAUGAAGUCCUUCAUGUCCUUCCCGGUGGACACCCCAUCAGCAGUGGGACUCUUCCCCAACUUCAACACAAUGGACCCUGUGCAGAAGGCCGUAAUUAAUCACACAUUUGGAGUCUCCAUCGCACCGAAGAGAAAGCAAGUUAUUUCCUGCAACAUCUGCCAACUGCGCUUCAACUCAGAUAGCCAAGCCGAUGCGCACUACAAAGGCAGCAAACAUGCCAAGAAGCUCAAAGCGCAGGAGACUCCUAAACAUAAGACCCUGAAAAACAACAGCACACCCAGCCAGGACAGAGGAAAGAGAUUCAUAUCCUCCACCACCACCUCUUCCUUCUCCUCAUCUUCCUCCUCCAGUAUCGCUGUCACUGCCUGCAGCUCUGAACAACCAGGGUUAUAUCCAAACAAUCUCUACACCAUGGCGUCUUCAAAAUCGUUUUUCCCAGCUGCUGGCCUGGCAUUGGCGCCCUCAUCUAUCCUGUGUAAACCUCUGUGUGAGCCCACACCUGCCAGUCCGGCCCCAGAGAUGCCAAAGCCCACCCUCACUAAACCAACCCCAGUGCCUGCUGUGCCUGCUGCCCCCGCCCCGUACAAGCACUCCGACGAAUCAGAGGAGGAGAAGGCCAAGAAGCUUCUCUACUGUUCGUUAUGCAAAGUGGCCGUCAACUCCCUCUCCCAGCUUGAGGCUCACAACACAGGUUCCAAGCACAAAACGAUGCUGGAGGCGAGGGAUGGAGCAGGGCCCAUCAAAGCCUAUCCCAGACCAGGGACUAAGCUUAAGGUCCAGGCCACCAUCACCAAAGGCUCAGGCCUGCAGAACAAGACGUUCCACUGCGAAAUCUGUGAUGUCCACGUCAACUCAGAGAUCCAGCUCAAACAGCACAUUUCCAGUCGGAGGCACAAAGACCGAGUGGCCGGGAAACCCUUGAAGCCCAAAUACAGUCCUUACAGCAAGCAGAAACACAGCACCGCCACCACCACACUAGAAGCUAAAUUGGCAUUCCAGAAGGACCUUGUGAAGCCCCUGUCUCAGUCUUUCCUCUCCAGCCCGUUCAUCCCCACCACCAUACCUUCCAUCUCCCUCCACCCGCGGCCCAACACCUCCGUCUUCCAGAAAACCGCCCUCCAGCCCUCUUUCCUGCGAGCGGCUCCUGGCCCUAUCCGGCCAACAGGAGGGUCCAUCCUCUUCGCCCCAUAUUAACCUUUGAACCCCUCAUCCCGACCACCUGAGCACAGAGGGAGGUCCAGCUUCAUGUGUACAGUGUCCAUAUUAUGACAGCCUCAGAGUCAGAAGUGGUUGGUGUCAAACUGUUCCUCAGAGAGCUCUGAGAUGUGUAUGAGAGGUGUUACCAUGGCAACGUUCGCACUGGGGCAGUCAGGAUUAUGGAGCUUGACCCGACAACAUGUUUCUCUUAAACCUGCUGAACCUUAACCGAGGGGAGCAUUGAACUGUCUACCCCCUGAUUGACUUGAAUUACCGCGGUUUCUCGGCACAAUGUAAGGACAACACCAGUCACGUGUACGGGUGUCCUAUUAGGACAGCCUCAGUGUCAGGACUUGUUUCGAUCUCACCUUACACAUGAUCUGUGUGAAUUUGUUGUAGUGCUGGACAGCAGAGGAAGUGCUGUGUUGUUUUAGACUGAUGAUGGGGGCUAGCUUGUCUCCAGUGUUUGUAUGGUGGAGAAAGCUAUGGGAUACAGUGCCAUGAUUGACCUCAAAUCAGGCGUCUCAUAUUUUUUUCUAACUCUUGUGGGCUGAACAACUGACACCAGCUGCGAUUAACUCUUUCAAAGCCACAAUAAACAUCCCUGCAAAAUCUGGGAUGUUUACCUUCGGUCCUUCAAUUUCAGUGUUAUUAUAACAUAAACAACUGUUUGUUUUUCCAAAGACAAAAUGGAGAAUUGCACAUUAAUGCUGCCCUGCCUGGUGUCUGGCAGGGAUGUCAUGGGCCUUUGAUUUCUAUGUGAUGUCAAUGUUUUUGUCAGGGCACUGUAUUGUGACCCCUUAAUGCAAUAAUGUACAGGGUUUUAAGAUACGUGUACAGUAUAUACAAAACUAUGUUAGGUAGUAUUGUAACAGAGAGUACUAGAAAUAGAGUUUAUGCACACAUUGUGAUUUGGAGAGUUUGGAAAAUACUGCUUUAAACUUUUUUUGAAAUCAAGAAACGAGAUAUGAAUGUUAUAGUUGUGCUCCUUUAAGUACGAAAUUGUGAGCUUAGGAUCAAAAUUGAAUAAUUGCCUUCUCUGGAUGACACAGUGAUGUCCUUUGCUAUGCAAGAAGUUGAUAACUAUUGUCACCACAUUUUAAGCGAUAUUGUGUACGGUUUUAACCACGGCAACAACAGCAAGAUUUAACCUGUAUGGUGUUAAUAUUACGACACCCUCAUUCUCAGCAGGACUUGUUUCAAUCUUAGCAGGACUUAGGCUGUCCUAAUAUGGACACCGUCAAACAGAGUUGAUUACAAUGGAAGGUGGCUAGAUGUUUAUCCAUAGGAAUUCUUUGAAGGUAUGCCUUUAGAAAGUAUUCAUACCCCUUGACUAUUUCCACAUUUUGUUGUGUUAGAAAAUGGCCUUAAAAUGGAUUUAAUUGUCAUUUUUGAUAACGAUCUGCACAAAAUGUAAUGUGAAAGUGGAUAUUUUUUUUCAACAUUUGUAAAAACUAUUAAUGAAAAAUGUAAAACUAAUAUAUCUUGAUAAGAUACAAUUGAAGUUGGCAGUGUACAUACACCUUAGCCAAAUACAUUUAAACUCAAUUUUUCACAAUUCCUGACAUCCUAGUAAAAAUUCCCUGUCUUAGGUCAGUUAGGAUCACCACUUUAUUUUAAGAAUUUGAAAUGUCAGAAUAAUAGUAGAGAGAACGAU